AUGGAUAGCACAAACCCAAGCAGCGACAAGGCAGGCAACGCCUCCAACACUCUUGCUGCCCCACUCGGCCUUCCCGCUCCGUCCGAUGCGCCUGCCUCGUGUGAGCCCACCAACGUCAUCAAGCUCGACCAUCUCGGUCCCAUGAUCGUCAACUCGGACGGCACCAUCUCGAGGGUUGCCAACUGGCAGAACAUGAGCGACAUCGAGAAAGAGAGGUCGCUCAGACUUCUUUCCAGGAGAAAUAAUGCUAGGAUAGAGACGCUGAAGGCGAACGAGAACGAGUAG